ACGUAUAGAGACGUUUAUCAACACUAAUAUGGCACCACAAUGRCAGCUUUUCAAUGGYGGAAAUUGGGCUAGAGUCGAGGAAACUAUCAGGGAAUACAACGCAGGACAAAUUGAUAAACAASACAAACUGUAUAUCUUUACAGGAACAGCUGGUUUUGGAGGACAGAUAAAAGGAGACGUAGUCAAAGUGAAGCUAAACAACAGAGUCUAUGCUCCAACAUACUWYUGGAAGGUAGUCUGUGAUCCCCAGGCUCCAACUCCACCGGGAGCCACCACAGGAGGACAAUCAGUAGUCAUAAUGGCAGACAACAACAUCGGUGAUGUCAGUGACAUUAAGAUUGAAAGCAAAUGGAACCCAGCAACGCUUCAKACGAAAAAGCGAGGUUUUAUCCAAUUGUAUAGCCUGGAUGAGGUAAACAAGAUCUUCAUGGUGAGCAAUCUCCAUCUUCCGCCCUUGGGAAGCCAAUGUAACCCAGACAAGAGGGGGACGUUUUUGGACAGCGUACUUGAUAAUAAACUUACUUGAGUCUAAAUGAUAUAAAAAUAUGCAGUAUAACRRUAUGCAGUGUGUAAUAAUAAAAAAUGUUGUCAUGAAAUCAUGAUGAGAA